AUCUUAUACUCUUUUUAUCUCUUCUUUUCCUUUCUUUUCUUUUCUUUUCUUUUCUUGCCUUUAUACAUAACGGUAUACCUCUGAAUGUGAAUGUGAAUCACCCCACUUUCUUUUCCUAUUCACUUUCUGUUUUCUCUUUUCAGCCAUUAAUUAUUUUUCUAAACGGAAAAUUCUUUCACAUUACUGAAACACCAACGGUAUACACAUUCAGGCAUGGCUUCAGUUUCAGUUCUUAGUCGCCGUCGCCGUCGUUGCAGUGGAUGGUGGCUGUUGCUUGCUGUUUUUGUCGCUGAAUUAGGAUUGUGCUCUUCUUCUUCUUCUUCAAAGCCUAAGGUUUAUGUGGUUUAUAUGGGAAGUAAAACCAGUCAAGACCAUCCACGCCACAUUCUCGCCAAAAACCACCAAAUGCUCGCCGCUGUUCAUGGAGGAAGCAUUGAGCAAGCGCGGGCCUCUCACCUUUUUAGCUACAGGCAUGGUUUUAGGGGAUUUGCCGCCAAGUUGACGGACCACCAAGCUUCCCAGAUUGCUAAGAUGCCUGGGGUGGUCUCUGUAUUUCCCAAUUUGAGACGGAGACUCCAUACCACUCACUCUUGGGAUUUCAUGGGUCUUGUGGGCGAAGAAACCAUGGAGAUUCCAGGACAUUCUACCAAGAAUCAAGUCAACAUUAUUAUUGGUUUUAUUGAUACUGGAAUUUGGCCUGAAUCUCCAAGUUUUAGUGAUGAGGACAUGCCUCCAGUACCAGCUAGAUGGAAGGGACACUGCCAAUCAGGAGAAGCUUUCAAUGCGUCAUCUUGCAACAGGAAAGUGAUCGGAGCAAGAUACUAUAGGAGUGGCUAUGAAGCUGAAGAAGCUGCAACCGAGGUAUUUUCUUUUAUAUCUCCAAGGGACAGCUCUGGCCAUGGCAGCCACACAGCCUCUAUUGCUGCUGGUCGUUAUGUGUCACAUAUGAAUUACAAGGGGUUGGCAGCUGGGGGAGCUAGAGGGGGUGCACCUAUGACAAGAAUUGCAGUGUACAAAACCUGUUGGGACUCGGGUUGCUAUGAUGUUGAUUUACUUGCUGCAUUUGAUGAUGCAAUCAGAGACGGUGUUCAUAUCUUGUCAGUGUCUCUAGGUCCAGAUUCUCCCCAGGGAGAUUAUUUUAGUGAUGCCAUCUCUAUUGGGUCAUUUCAUGCUGCUGCCCGUGGAGUGUUAGUAAUUGCUUCAGCUGGAAAUGAAGGGAAUCAAGGUUCUGUGACGAAUCUCGCUCCAUGGAUGAUCACAGUUGCUGCUAGUUCAACAGACAGGGACUUUGCAUCAGAUAUCGUUCUAGGAAAUUCUGCUAAUUUUACAGGCGAAAGUCUCAGUCUCUCUGAAAUGGAUGCCUCUGCAAGGAUCAUCUCUGCCUCCGAAGCCUAUGCUGGAUACUUCACUCCUUAUCAAUCCAGUUACUGUCUAGAAAGUUCCUUGAAUAGUACUAAAGCCAGUGGGAAAGUCCUUGUCUGUCUACAAGCUGACAGUUCAACCGAGUCAAAGCUGGCCAAGAGCAAGGUAGUCAAACAAGCUGGUGGAGUUGGGAUGGUUCUUAUUGAUGAGGCAGAUCAAGAUGUUGCCAUUCCUUUUGCAAUACCAUCAGCAAUUGUUGGAAAGGAAAUAGGGAACAAGAUUCUAUCUUAUAUUAAGGACACACGAAAUCCAAUAGCAAAAAUAUCGCGGGCAAAGGCAGUUUUGGGAUCUCAACCUGCACCUCGAAUUGCAGCAUUUUCUUCCAAAGGACCUAAUGCUGUAACCCCUGAAAUUUUGAAGCCUGAUGUCUCAGCUCCUGGACUGAACAUCCUUGCGGCAUGGUCUCCAGCAGCUGGCAAAAUGCAGUUCAAUGUUCUUUCUGGAACUUCCAUGGCCUGUCCACAUGUAACAGGAAUUGCAGCAUUGAUCAAAGCUGUCAAUCCUUCUUGGUCUCCAUCUGCCAUCAAAUCUGCAAUCAUGACUACUGCUACCAUCCUUGAUAAGAACCGCAAACCCAUUACAGUGGAUCCUAGCGGAAGCAGGGGUAGUGCAUUUGAUUAUGGAUCAGGUUUUGUUGAUCCAACAAGAGUCCUUGAUCCCGGUCUGAUCUAUGAUACACAGCCAACAGAUUAUAAAGCUUUUCUCUGCUCGAUUGGUUAUGAUGAGAAAUCACUACAUCUGGUCACCAGAGACAAUAGCACAUGCAAUGAAACAUUCACAACAGCUUCCAGCCUGAAUUAUCCCUCUAUCACUGUCCCAGGUCUUAAGGACAGCUUCUCUGUAACUCGAACAGUGACCAAUGUUGGCAAACCAAGAAGCAUAUACAAAGCUGUAGUGUCUAAUCCUGUUGGGAUUAAUGUCACUGUUGUGCCAAAGAGACUAAUAUUCAACAGCUAUGGCCAGAAGAUAAAAUUCACUGUGAAUUUCAAGGUGGCUAGUCCAUCAAUAGGCUAUACAUUUGGGUUUCUGACAUGGAGGAACAGAAAUGCACGAGUCACUAGCCCUCUAGUUGUCCAGGUUGCGUCUUCAAGUUCGGGCUUGCUGAGAUAAGAUGGCUUAAUCUGUAUAUAUUGGUUUAGGAGCUUUGAGACCCUUGCAACCCCACAGUUCAUAUACUUAGAUCAUACAAGCAAAAGAAUUAUUGUAAGAUUUGUUAAAUUUUUAAGUCCUCGGCAAUAUAUAUAAAUUCAAGAAAUAUUUUUUCAUUCUUCUAA